CAAAAGGGGAAACUGCUCUCUGCCUAUAGGAUCACUCUGCGGGACCAAGCCAAGGCAGGGAUCAGCUCAGAGCCUUGGAGAUCUGCCAAGUUGAGCUGCGGAGGCUGGGUCUUCCAAGAGGGAAUUUCUGCCGGAUGAGAGGGCUGUUUCUCGCUUCUGCCAAAAAGCAUUAUUCAUCUUAAGCCAGCAGCCGCUUAGAAGGAAACUUUCUCCCCGUCCGUUUUUUAACCAUUUUGCUUUCGUGUCCGACCCACCGCUCCGAUGCCGCAUAGCAUACCAUCCAUGAGCUCAGAUUUCCAGCAUUACAGUUUCAGGAUGCCAAACAUUGGAUUUCAGAACCUGCCUCUCAACAUAUACAUUGUGGUCUUCGGCACGGCCAUCUUUGUCUUCAUCCUGAGCUUACUCUUCUGCUGCUAUUUGAUCAGGCUUCGACACCAAGCCCACAAAGAGCUUUAUGCCUACAAACAGGUUAUUCUAAAGGAAAAAGUCAAAGAACUCAACCUACAUGAGAUCUGUGCUGUUUGUUUGGAGGAGUUCAAGCCCAAAGAUGAGCUGGGAAUCUGCCCAUGCAAACACGCCUUCCACAGAAAGUGCCUCAUCAAAUGGUUGGAGGUGCGCAAAGUCUGCCCGCUCUGCAACAUGGCCGUCCUGCAGCUGGCGCAACUCCACAGCAAGCCGGAUGCCCACGGACUCCCCCAAGAGCCCCUCCCUGGGGCGGCCAACAUCGUAUAGCUCCCCGCGAGCCUCUCUGGGGCGCAGCCUGCCGCCCAGAGACGUCCCGCUCUCUGAACCUGCUGCUUACGGCCUCGGGGCCUCCGCCGGGGCUUCUUCCAUCUCGCGAGGAGCUCCCAGGACACACUUGAAGGAGGGGGAAGGUGCUUGGACCGCAGAAACACCCCCAGCGCCGAGACCACCGCCGGUGCGACGAGAAGAGGCCAUUCCGGGCUCGGCCUUUUCCUUUCUUCCUUCCGACCCCCUUUUUCUUUCCGUAAGAGCACUUUACGAAGGACACGCGCAGGUCCGGCGCCUACGUUUGGAUUGAGCUGCACACAUGCCAGAGCGAGGGAUGUGAGGCGCACCCUUUGCGCCUCAGGAUCGAAGAGACCCCGCGUGGUCCUUUUUCUGCGGGUGGAAUGGGAACCGUGCCCCGAGAUUCUGCCGCUCAGUGGUUACCUCAUACCGAAUUGCCUGUGGCUUCCGGAACAGAACAAGGCAAGGGCCUGGCCUGUUUGCAGAACAAUCCGCAGCAGCAGUCCGUGUGACUCUCUCGUACGCUGUGGGACGGAGAGCGAGAGCAGAGCCCAGCUCUCCAAAGGAAGAGUGGGUGCUUAGAGGCCUAGCGGCGACGCACAGAAGAUUAUUUGGUUACCAGUCAGGCCAACGUCCACCAGGGUCCUGCUAGGCGCUUGAGAUCCACACUGGCUUGAUUCCUGCCUCAGAAAACAAUUCCUUAAGUGCCCCGGGAGGGAGGCGGGGGGAAGCAAACCACACAGAUUCCUGUCAUGUUAAUGGACAACUCUGAAGCAAGGAAA